AUGGACUCCGUUAGAGCAGCUGUGGAGAGGGAAGCCUCUUCGGUGUGCUCCUCUUCGUCACUCACUACUCCACGGUCCUCAGUCGCAUCCGUGGCGACGAUGACACCAGCGCAGGAGGUCGUGCGGCAAGACAGGUUGUUUCUGGGGAACCGCCCCACUGCCCCCAGUGCCUCGUCCUCCGCCAACCGCAGCUCAGGCCAUACUGAGUCCAGCCCGAGUCCAUCGCUUGACUCGCGGUACUUAGUGCCACACGACGGCAACACUGGAGCUUUGCGCACCCCAGGCGGGGAAGAAGCCCCUACCCACACCACCUACUCGACCCGCCGCAGCAGUAGCACAUGCGGGGCCAAACUGCGUCGAGGUGUCAGUAGCAGCAGCGGUGGGCUAACGAGGGCGUCUGGCAGCGGCGCUGCUACCUGCUUCUCUCCGGGCUCUGCCCGCACGGCCCACAGUGAGGCAUCACUAGAGGAAGAGCGGCCUUUGAUGCGCAACUGUUUCUCCUCCUCUCUCGGCGCCGAUCUACAGCCUGCCUACUCCAGUAGCCGUUCACGCGACGGUCCUGAGCCACAGUCGACUCCAUCCUCAGCUGCCCACUCUCCAGACGCACAGCCGCCGGUACUGUCAUCACUGCUCGCGCCGCUGUCCAUUCGCACUGGACAGCGCCAGCACCAGCAGGGGCAAGAAGAUGCGGUGAGGGAGACACAACUGCAGCACGUGCACUUCAGCAAACCAAGCGUCCCCCUAAAGAUGCCCGCCUUUCCCUCCGUUCACCCUCCCAAGGUGUCACUCUCUGCGAGACUACCCUCACGGGCCGCGGCCGCAGAGCAGACCGCUGUGGAACUGCUUCAGGAUCUCUCCUACGUGGAGGUGCAAGAGGCUCAGGAGUGGCUUGACAGGGUCCGAGGAGCCAAGCAGGCGUGUGCUGUGUCAAGGUCUGCUCCUUUUGUGUGGCCGACCGAAGCCAUUCUCGCCGACCCUGGCAUCAGCGAAGACGUCGACCCCAAAGCUGCGCUGUUGGAGGUGGCGCCGGUUUCGUUGGACUUGGCGGCUAACCUUCACUUUUCUCAGUUUUUCCGAGCGUUACUCAUGGAGGACGAGAGCGAUGGGGAGCUGAUGAGCGAUCGUGGGCGCGGCGCCGUCGAUGGAGGGGGUAGGGAAAGCGUGGGCACGAGAGAGGCAGUGAGGAUGACUUGGGCAGGCGAUCUGAGGAGCGGCAUCGGUCCCACACGUCAGUGGGCAAAGACUUCACCGUGUAGUGACUCAUUGGAUGGCACAUUUCCUUCGCCCUCGCCUUUCUUUGCCAGCGGCUUAAGUGCGGUGGACGCUGGCGCGGGGCUGAAGAGGGAUGAAGACGGCCUUACUGUCUCUCCCAUCACCCGCGUGUCACCGCCGAGUCCGCGCCAGCUCCACCCCAGCGCUGAUGCUGCUGCUCCUCUGCCUGAUCCGUCCAUUUUACCUUUGUCAUCUCCUCUGCAGGGUGGUGCCUGGGGGAAGCUAGUCUGGCCUGGCUCGCCACUGCCUGUUGAGGUAGACUCCAGCACCCCAGCACGGCGCUCUCUACCGGUGUCCACGACGGCGAGGCGGUGGUCACUGAUGGAUUUUGAUAUCGGACGCCGCAUCGGGCAGGGGCGCUCCGGCAAGACGUUCCUCGCCCGGGAGAAGUGCAGCAAAGUCGUCUUGGCUCUUAAGGCGUUCGCAGACGACUGCGUUCGGCGCCAAGGAAUGGUUGGCGCGCUCGAGCGAGCGAUGCGACUGCAGGCAUCAGCAGGGCGGCGUUGCUCACACAUCGUAAAGCUCUAUGCAUUCUUCGCUGAUGCGCAACGCUAUUACGCUGCGCAGGAGUAUGCUGACGGCGGCGACCUCGCUAGCCACCUCUUUCGCCAGCCGCACCAACGCCUGCCUGAGGCGCAGGUUCGGUUGAUCGUGCACCACGUGGCGCUGGCACUGCGGGACUUGCACGAGCGACACGUUGUGCAUCGAGCUGUAACGUCGCGCAAUGUGCUACUGAGCCGCGACGAGGCGGACACAACCGCUAAACUCGGCGACUUCGCGUUCGCCGUACAACUGGCCGACGGGCGCGCUCGCUGGCUUGGCGAGUUUGAGGACGCACUUGAUGGAGGGCCGUCGCUGGACUCCGCGGCACCGGAGGUCAUUUGCGGCCACGGAUGGUCGUGCAAGUCCGACAUGUGGGCCCUCGGUGUCGUAGCGUUCGAGAUGCUCUGUGGUCACCAUCCCUUCGAUCACGUUUGCGCGACGGAGAUGAAGCGACUCAUCUGCAGCGGUGCCGCCUGCUACUCGCUGCCUACGCUGUCGCACACCGCCGUGUCUUUUGUGCGGUCACUCUUGUGUGUCGACGAAGCAGCGCGCAGCAGUGCAGCCACGGCACUGACUCACCCAUUUUUGCGUGUUAGCGCCGCCGCCAGCACUGCUGCCCCGGGGAGCGCCAUGCAGGCCACGGCAACAAGUAGCUGCGCCGAACCUGCCGAGCCGGCGGCCCACGUGACAUCGGUGGGCGUAGCCGUUGUUGGAGAGUCACACGCGGGUGAGGUGCCGCCGUCUGUCAGUCGCGACUUGUCGAGCACGUUCUCACUGGCUGCAGUGGUUGGCAACACAGACGUCUACUGCCGCAGCGACAGAAGCCACAGCCGCACAACAGCUGCUGUGAUGACGGGAACAAAGGCUACCAUCCACUGUGGGACCGCUGCCCCAACUUUCCCCGUGCCGACGAAGGACAACCCAUAUCUGCGACGGGGAGCGGACCCGUCGGUCACCUCCCUCGCUACAACGUCCGCAUCGCCGUCUGUCAGCUCCCUCUCCACCUACCAGGCUGUGGCCAGAACGGAAAGGCAUGCACGUGACGCAGCAUCGCACACGCCCGAUGCGGCGGCUCCAGCGACGUCUCUGUUGUCCGCCAGUUCUCCCGCUUCUUUUAUGUCCUUUGCGCUUCCAACGCACCCGUGGCAGAGUGCUGCGCUGCCACCCUCGGUGACGCUAUCGACCGCGUCACUCUCUGGUGCCCUCAGCAACGAGGAGGUGGAGACGUGGUUGAGCCGGCGGCCGAGCGUUACGAGUCUGAGAUCUGCUGGGAACGCCAGUCGCCACAGCCCGACGGCGACCCUAAGCGACAUAUCGGCGAGCUUGCUCUCCACGACACGAGCACCAGCCACCCUUGCGGUGAGGUCAGCUACAGCUGCUGAUGGUGCGUUCACUGACAGCGCUGCCGUCGAGAGUGUGCUCAGCGCAAGCUUUAAGGACUGCAGAACUCGCCAUCCUCACCAUCUUCACCUGCAGCAGCAUUGCACCCGCCAUGCCCAGAAGCACGAGCAGCACGAUACACCGGCAGAAUGUGCUGCGCCUCCUGCGGCACAUAGCAGUGAGAGGGGGCGCGAUGAGGACCUUCAAGGGGACUGCUCCGUUACCGUGAGCAGCUUGACGCCGCACCCCUCACGUGGUGCGCGCACGGAGUGGGGCACUGAGGACGCAGAGGUGUCCGUGUCAUCUUCGACAGUCUCAUCGACGGUGCUGACCUUCAUGGACGUGACGGCUCCUCAGACACUUUUCCCAAGCCGCGCCUCAGACGCACCCUUACCACAGUCGACUGGCCAUAUUGCAUUGCUGAUGGCAGCCCGCAGCGCGCCACAUCCAGAGUGGAGGCCGCUGCCUGGUCGACUGACAUCCCUGGCCGUCAAUGUAAUAAGCGCCUCAGCUGCACCUGUUGCUCCCCAGCCAACAGCCACCUCAUCGCACACGCGGAGGCUGAAGGCAGGGAAGAAGAGGCCCAUCACGAGGCCAGAGUGUUCACUGCGACUCGCCUUUGAAGCGUUGAGCGACGAGGACAGCUGUUGA